GUCGGUAUAUAACAUUGAUGAUGCUAAAUGCACUUAUCAGUUUCUUCUUAUUCACGGUGAAUUAUGCAUUAUAUCGUUGUUGGUGAAAACCCUAAGUAAUAAUUAAGUAAACCGUAUUAAUAUGAUUAAGUAAAUGUGUUCAGUGUAUACAAUUGUAUACUAAUUGUUUUUGAGAAGUUCAUAUAAAUGUGUAUAACAUUUAGUAAUUCAUUUCUCGAUACCAGACUCGCCACCCUAAAAGAAUGCUAUCAUUUUAUGUUUUAAUUAUUUUAUUAAUAGUAUCAUUUGUGGUAUGCGUGAAAGUCAGUCCAAGAGAGAAAGAUAGUAAACGCAAUAUUGUAUUAAUCGUCGCCGAUGAUUUGGGUUGGAAUGACGUCAGUGUGCAUGGUAGUGAUCAAGUAUUGACGCCCAAUAUUGACUCGCUGGGUUACCAUGGUGUCACAUUGGGGAGGUACUACAGUAAUUGCAUAUGCACGCCUUCUCGCGCCGCCCUACUCUCCGGCAAAUAUGCAUAUACGACAGGUAUGCAAGGCUGGCCAUUGACUGGCGGUGAGGAUAGAGGUCUUCCCGUCACACAUAAAAUAUUACCGCAAUAUUUGAAAGAGCUUGGCUAUGCUACACAUUUAGUAGGCAAAUGGCAUGUUGGUAGUUCUAGAGAAGAGUAUCUGCCAACAAAAAGGGGCUUUGAUUCACAUUUUGGACACAGGCUAGGAAGUAUAGAUUACUACGAAUACACUUACGAAGAGAAUUGGACAAUUGGCAAAGUCUCCGGGAUGAAUAUGUUCAGAAACCAAACAGCGGCGUGGGAUGCUGAAGGAUACGCAACGGACUUGUAUAACAACGAGGCUAUUUCAAUCAUUAAUUCCCAUGAUGAAACUAAACCACUUUUCCUAAUGUUGGCACAUCUCGCUCCACACAGUGCCAAUGAAGGCGCAUUACUUCAAGCGCCUCCUGAAGUAGUUAGAUCUAUGAGACAUGUAGAAUCACCAGAAAGAAGAAUUUUUGCAGCUAUGGUAAAGAAACUCGACGACAGUGUUGGCGACGUCGUAGAGGCAUUGUCAAGAAAAGGCAUUUUGAAUAACACUAUUAUCGUUUUCAUAUCCGACAAUGGUGGUAUGACAUCAGGAGUGACUGUUAACUAUGGUAGUAAUUAUCCUUUACGAGGUAUUAAAUUAAGUCCUUAUGAAGGAGGAGUAAGAGUAAAUGGAGCAAUUUGGGCACCUGAAAAUGUGGCGAGUCAUUUGUAUGAAGGGUAUGUUCACGUAACAGAUUGGCUGCCUACCUUACUUAAAGCGGCUGGAAGAGAUCCUCCGAAAAAUAUAGAUGGUCAUGAUUUAUGGAAUAAAAUAAUGAAAAACAAAGUUUCCAGUAGAAGUGAAAUUGUAGACAUAGACGAUAUGCAAGGUUAUGCAUCAAUUAUCUCUAAAAAUUACAAAUUGAUAACUGGCACAGUGUUUAAUGAAUAUAGCAACUAUCAAGGCAAAGAAUUAUUGGGAGUCAUUGGAAACCCUCCAUGCUAUAUCGAUGCGAUUAAAAAUAGUAAAGCCUACAAGGUUUUUACAAAAAUGGGCAGAUCUGUGCCAAUUGAUAUCAGUAGUGUAAGAAAUGCAUUAAAAAUUGAAUGCCAGAAACAAAUUAAAGCAGAUGAUGUUAUAUGUUAUCCUGGCAACGGAACAGUCUGUUUAUAUAAUAUUAAAAAAGAUCCAUGUGAAACUACAGAUCUGUCUAAAGAAUAUCCCGAACUUGUAAAUAAAAUGCUCAAAGUUUUGAACAUUGAAAAGAAAAGAGUAAUACCAAGAGUUCCGACUAUAAGACAACCUAGAGCAAACCCUGUUUAUUUUAACUACACUUGGGACGUAUUUGUGGAUGUGGUUUAAUUAUAAAAUGGCAUAGGAUAACAUAUAGCAAGUUGAAAUUGGAAUUACAAAAUUACAUAUUUCUGAAAUAACGAGUGAGAUAGGAGAGUGGAUAUACUAGGCGCGUAUCUCUAGCUUUAGACUGUCUUCCACAUGUAUUAAUUGUAACAUAUUGUUUGAUAACAUUUUUCGGUUAAAGUUUUGUCAAAACAAAUAGCUAAUAGAUUACAAUGACAUCUCGAUUUCACGCGAGCAAUAGCUAUGUAAAUAGAGUUCCUCAGAUAUCUUUAUCUGCCUCCGCGAAUUCUUUGUUUCUAACGACAGCACAUUUGGAAGUGCUUUAAAUUCAUGCCAUUUUUCAGAUGUCACUCUAAGUAUUCUCUCACUCAACGUAUUUAAGUACCACGUUCAGUUGAAUCGGUUAGUCAUCAAAAUAAAUAGGAUCGUUAAUGAAACACUCCGACCAUGAGAAUUAGAAAUAAAUUCAUUUAAGCAGAUGAAUUUUUAAAUACACAAACUGUUCUGUAUGUGCUUUAAGAAUCAAGUUUUAUUAAUAUUUUUGAAGUUUUAUAGUAAUGAAAAUAAUACCAAUACAAUAAAAUGUUGACUUGAAUA